UCCUGUACUUACGGUCUAAUCCUCCAGUCUGUUCUGUACGUGGCAGCGGUUCCAAACGCAUUCCCUCUGUACUCUUCAUAACCCCGGGGGUGCCAAGUGGAUUUUCGUCCACACAAGGAAGCGUGACAGUCUUCGUUUAAAGACUCCAGAGGUGUACAGAAGGUUACCAAAGUGGACAAAAUGAGGAACCAUGUGUUUUGUAUCUCCUGGGUUUUGCUGUGCUGCUGCUGGUCUACACGUGGGGACAUCUUUACCUCUAUUGGACAAAUGACUGAUCUAAUCCACACAGAAAAGGAGCUGGUCCAGUCUCUGAGAGAAUACAUCAAAGCAGAGGAGUCUAAACUGGCUGCGGUCAAAAGCUGGGCUAGCAAACUCGAUGCUCUCACAAGAUUAUCCACUUCGGACCCUGAGGGCUACCUGGCCCACCCAGUGAACGCCUACAAACUGAUGAAGAGGCUCAACACUGAGUGGUCUGAACUGGAGAGCCUGGUGCUUCAGAAUCCCUCCGAUGGUUUCAUCGGCAACAUUUCCGUACACAGGCAGUACUUUCCUGAUGCGGAGGAUGAGACCGGUGCUGCCAAGGCUCUGAUGCGUCUUCAGGACACAUAUCAACUGGAUUCAGAAGCGUUCUCCAAAGGAAAACUGCCAGGUGUUCACUCUAACGCUGUCCUGACUGUGGAUGAUUGCUUCGACAUGGGAAAGACGGCCUACAACGACGCAGACUAUUACCAUGCCGUUCUGUGGUUUCAGCAGGCGCUGAAACAGCUGGACGACGGAGAGGAAGCUGUGGUCACCAAGGCAGAGAUCCUGGACUACCUCAGCUACUCUGUUUACCAAAUGGGUGACAUACCUCGAGCCAUCGAGCUCACGCGCCGCCUUGUGGCCAUCGACCCCAGCCAUGAGAGGGCAGGAGGAAACCUGCGUUACUUUGAGCGGCUGCUGUCCAAACAGCUCAGUGAGAUGAACCAGGUUUACCAGCCGGCCUCUGAGGAGCCCAUCCAGCUGGGGACUUACACCCGACCGAAAGACCAUCUGCCAGAGAGGGAGUCCUACGAGGCUUUGUGCAGAGGAGAGGGGCUCCAGAUGAAUGAAGCGAGGAGGAGUCGUUUGUUUUGCCGCUACCAAGAUGGCCGUGGGAACCCUCGUCUCCUGCUGAAGCCGAUGAAGGAAGAGGACGAGUGGGACAGCCCCCACAUUGUUCGCUACCUGGAGAUGCUGUCAGAUGAAGAAAUUGAAAAAAUCAAAGAGCUGGCUAAACCCAGGCUUGCCAGAGCUACUGUUCGUGAUCCCAAAACAGGAGUUCUGACUACAGCCAACUACAGAGUGUCAAAAAGUGCAUGGUUGGAGGGAGAGGAGGACCCUGUGAUCGAAAGAGUUAAUCAGAGAAUAGAAGACAUCACUGGCCUCACGGUACAAACUGCAGAGUUACUUCAGGUUGCAAACUAUGGAGUUGGAGGACAAUACGAGCCACAUUUUGACUUCUCAAGGAAAGAGGAACCUGAUGCUUUCAAAAGGUUAGGCACUGGAAAUCGCUUGGCCACAUUUUUAAACUACAUGAGUGAUGUUGAGGCCGGAGGAGCGACAGUCUUCCCUGACUUUGGGGCUUCAAUCUGGCCAAGAAAGGGAACAUCAGUGUUCUGGUAUAAUCUCUUCAGAAGUGGAGAAGGAGACUACAGGACCCGACAUGCAGCCUGUCCAGUUCUUGUAGGAAGUAAAUGGGUGUCGAACAAGUGGAUACAUGAGCGCGGACAAGAGUUCAGGAGACCAUGCGGCCUGACGGAAGUGGACUGAAGCUCGCUCCAUGUCUGCUUACCCUCCUUAGUGCCUGAUUUAGGCGAAAUGUUGCAACACAGACACAUUGUGCCAAACCUUUCAACAUGUCUGUUUGACUAAAAAGUGGGAACCGACAUCCAUCUGCUGAGGGAGAGUUCAGUGUCUCAGUCAUUCUUUUCAGUACCCUGGUUUGUUUGAGCAGACGAUUAAAAGACAACAAUUCUGAAUUUAACCCUAAUGAAUAUCAUGUUCAACAUUUUUAUUUUCAUAAAUUCACAUCUCUUUUGAGGUAGUUUUGUCAGACAGGAGUCAGACAAGGUUUCUUUAAACCAGUGGUCUCCAACCUUUUUAGUACAACGGACCGGUCAACCCUUUGUAAAUUUUCUGCGGUCUGGGGCGGCGCGCGUGUUGUGAGGUUUGAGAUCGAUACCGUUGUUUCUUACUCAUUCUGGUGCAUGUUGGCGCGCAAGACAUAACCGCAUCCUGUUUAGGAUUUUCAAAAUAAAAGCUCCUCCAGACUCAUUACAUUACAUAGAGCUAUUUCUUGUGUGGCCCGGUACCAAUUGGUCCGCAGCCUGGUGGUUGGGGACCACUGCUUUAAAGGACUAUAAGUGCAAUUUAAGCUCUAUGGUGAAAAUGUUCACUAUCACUGUCUACAAAUUAUGUGCAUUUUUUUUAUUUAUAGUGUGGUUAAAUUAUGACGUUUUUGUAUUCUCAUUCCCCAAGUUGUUAAUCAAAAGGUCAAUAAACAAUGUGUUUUAUUAA